UGUGUAGCCUCCCCCCCGAAUCUAAUAGAAUGUUCCUCCUAUGAUGAAUGCAUUGUGGGUAAUAAUCACUUCCGGAAAAGCUCCUGUGGGGAAGUCUUGCGAAAAAAAUGAGGGUUGAAAAGUGUUUCUUCUGUUCCAGUCCGAUUUAUCCUGGCCACGGGAUGCAGUUUGUUAGAAACGACUGUAAGAUCUUCAGGUUUUGCCGAUCAAAAUGCCACAGAGCAUUCAAGAAGAAGAGGAAUCCUCGGAAGGUGCGCUGGACCAAGGCCUUCAGGAAAGCUGCAGGAAAAGACCUGGCUGUGGAUGCUUCUCUGGAGUUUGAGAAGAGGAGGAAUGUUCCAGCCAAGUAUAACAGGGAGCAAUGGAAGGACACAAUUAAGGCAAUGAAAAGAGUAGAAGACAUCAAGAGUAAGAGGCAGGCCCAGUUCAUUCUCAACAGACUGAAGAAGGGGAAGGAGCUGCAAAAGGAGGCUGAUAUUCGGGAGGUCAAACAGAACAUCAGCCUCAUCAAGUCUCCUGCUGCCUGCACUCAGAAACUGGAAGAGAAGAUGGCACAAGUCAUCCAGGAGUCGGACCAAGAGAUGGCAGCUGAGUAAUGCUCACCAUUGCAACAGUCAUCAAGAAAAACAGCACCAACAUAAUGUAGAGAGCGAGAAAUUUACAACAAUUGUCAAACUUGCCAGAAUGUCAGAUUAUAAACUAAACACAGCAGUCUACAUGUACAUGUAAACAUAACCAUGACUUCUAAUUGACUCUAGACAAA